UAGGACUAUAAACGGGGGUUGGGGGCAGGCUUGCGCUUGACACGUUCUUAGCUUAGCACGCCAGAAAGGUUAGGUGGAGCCCUUCUUUCUGACGUGUUAGUUGAACUGUUCUUUGUUGGACGAGAGUAAAAAAAGUGCAGUUCGUCUCUCUGCAGUACAAAGUUGCACAGUCUAGGGCAGGGUAUGACGUCCCAGCUCGGCCCUUCUCGCACCUCAUGCCCACCAACUGAUAUUUAUUUGAAGACUUGAUCACACCUUUCCACUACCAAAUCUAGAUAAAAGAAUAUAAAAUUAUUCCUUCUCUUGUAAAUAAUCACUCACCCAGGUGCAAGGUGGAAGAGAGAUAUGCCCAAGGCUGUAUAUACACCCCUGCUAACUGGGCAAAGAGGCACCUUUUAACGUGGUGAUUCUCUUUAUUUAGCAGGGGGAGAAUAACUGGCCCUAUCCGCCCCCAGCACAGUACCUCCAGUGACUGUUGCUGGUGUCAAUCUUAUGUUUCUUUCUAGAUUGUGAGCCCUUUGGGGACAGGGAACCAUCUUAUUUAUUUAUUUAUUUAUUAUUCCUCUGUGUAAACCGCCCUGAGCCAUUUUUGGAAGGGCGGUAGAGAAAUCAAUAAAUCAAAUCAAAUCAAAUCAAUAAUAACUGCAGAGGCUUGACUGUAUAGGGUGACAGGUGAUGGGAAACCAAUGAAGCUUCUGGUUCUGUGAUGGAUGUGUUUGGGUAAGCAAGAUGAAAGAUCCCAGCUGAAAUCCACACCAGGAACUGGAGUGUGAGGAAUGGCCAAUGGCUUUCUCAUGGAAGUAUGUGUUGACUCAGUGGAAUCUGCUGUAAAUGCAGAGAGAGGAGGUGCUAGCCGCCUUGAAUUGUGUUCCAAUCUGAUGGAAGGAGGAACUACACCCAGCAUAGGGCUUCUGCAAGUGGUGAAACAGUGCAUAAGGGUGCCCAUAUUUGUGAUGAUCCGUCCCCGUGGUGGGGAUUUUCUCUAUUCCGAUCGGGAAGUAGAGGUGAUGAAGACUGACAUCCGUCUUGCCAAGCAACAUGGGGCUGAUGGACUGGUGUUUGGAGCCUUGACUGAGGAUGGGCGUGUGGACAUGGAGCUCUGCACAGCACUACUGGCUGCUUCCCGCCCUCUGCCAGUCACUUUCCACAGAGCUUUUGAUAUGGUCUAUGACCCACUAGCAGCCUUGGAAACACUGAUAUCAAUGGGGUUUGAGCGGGUGCUGACCAGCGGCUGUGACAGUUCAGCCCUGGAGGGACUGCCCUUGAUAAAGCGGCUGACGGAACAGGCCAAGGGCAGGAUUGUUGUAGUGCCAGGGGGAGGCAUAACUGAGAGAAACCUGCAGAGGAUCCUGGAAGGCUCUGGUGCUUCUGAGUUUCAUUGCUCAGCACGAUCAGCCAAGGACUCAGGCAUGAAGUUCAGAAAUCCCAGUGUUACUAUGGGCGCCUACCUCUCUGCACCUGAAUAUUCCACUAAGGUGGCAGAUGUGGCUAAAGUGAGAACCUUGAAUGCAAUUGCCAAGAAUGUCCUGUAGAACAAGAGCGCUGUGUGUGGGACAGGAAGAUCCAGCACCCUGGGAUCAGCCCAGUCCCUAGGAGUAGACAUUUCAACAGCAUCCUUGACGGAGCUAAAAGACUUGACCUAAUUAUAUGAAGAAGCCUGUGAUUGUUUUAUCUUCCUGGUCUGGCUCCACAGGGUCCUUUACUUAGAUGAUGUCAUGGCAUUGGUCUGUGAGGAGAAAACCAUGGGGCGGGUUGGGACGUAGCUAAAGGGGCACGCCAUUGGGCAACACUCCUUGUGAUUGCCACUCCACAAAUAAACCCUGAAGCCACUCCACGUCACUGUGGCUCUUCUUCGUACAGAGGUCAUGGCGAGACUUUUACCUGCUCCAGAAGAAAUUGUGCCAGGUUGGGUUUGGGGGGUGGUGGGGGAGGGGAGGGGUAUCCGGUAAGUGUGUGUCCCUGAUAAGCAAUAGGGAUGAGUGUGCUGGGUGUGGCAGGCAUCCUCCUGCCCAGCUCAGUUUGAUAUGGAGGUCUCUGCCCCUUUGGAGUAUAGCCAAGCGGAAGGAAUUCUGCCAUAGUGGGAGGUCUUUCCCUCUUCAGGGAGACUGAACGGGUAAGAAAGCAACAGCAAGGCGCAUGGAUAGUGCAACUCAGUGUGACUUACUUGAGUUUGGCUGGUUAUGCAAAUCAGAAGCUUUCCAGUAAUGAGCCCUGGGCUGUAGGAUGGAUCUCAUACAGUGUGAACCUGAGGGAGGGUUGUUCGAACAGGAACAUCAUCUUGCCCUUAUGGCAUGUGCCCCCAUUUUGCAUAGGAUCAUGCAAGCUGAGAGCAGUUUCUUAGGUGAGAUAACAUCUGCAGGAAUAAUAUCUCGAGGAGUAAAGGAAGGCUAAAGAAGUUCAGAAAACCUUUAUGUUCACAGCUGACUCAGGUCAAGGGAACGUAGGAGACUUGGAACCAAAUGCUAGAUUGUGUAAGAGUCAGGAACAUCGUUGUUGUUGGUGGAGGUCAUUAUGCACCUCUUGAAAUUCAGCUUGUCCCUCUCUUAAAACAUAUACCCUGGGGAAAAGGAACAUUGAAGCCAUGGCAUGAUAACAUGAAGAUGUAUCAAAAGAAUUAUACCUCAACAUGGGAGAACCACAUAUUGAAAUCUGGGCUUAUGUCUUGAUCUCAGUGCAAGACUGAAUUAGGGACUAGAUACGUGCCCAGCGGGAAAAGCUCUCUUCAUCCCCAUUUUCCUGUUUCCUAGAAGUCUGGAAUUUACUUUUGAAUGUCAUCCCUAGAGUACAGUGGGAAUAGCUAAUGUUGCAUUGUUUAUAAGUUGCAGAAAUUUGAUUAACUAAUAAUUAACCAUGAGAGAUUGAAAUUGCCUGUUCUGUGGACAUUGGACCUUUUUGUCAGGACUGAAUGAUAGUUGGUACUGGGUUUACUUAUUGUAUAAAGAAUGAGAUAGCAGAAUCUC